AUGCGAUUGUUCAUCCUGCUCACCAUUGUUUCGAUUCUCGCACUCGGAGCUCUAGCUCUGGCAUUCCAGCUCAGUUCUGCGAAUAAAUCUCACGACAUUGAUCACCAAGACCCAUCCCAGCCAGCGCCCUCACCAUCAGCAGGCAUCCUCUACUACCACGAGGACAUCCCCGAGACGCCUCAACUCCGCGAUUCCGAAGAGUACGUCCUUGCUCAAACAUGGGAGUGGGAUGCGCCUCCGACAACGCGAGAAUACAACUGGACUAUCGCCUCUGCUACUCUCAACCCAGACGGAGUCUAUCGGCCUAUGAUCCUCAUCAACAACCAAUACCCGGGGCCAUUGAUCGAAUGCAACGAAGGAGACACCAUCAUCGUCCACGUCGAUAACCAAGCUGUCAAUGCGACAGCCAUUCACUUCCAUGGCAUGUUCCAAAACGGCACCAAUGCGAUGGAUGGUACCGUUGGCAUCACACAAUGCGCCAUCGCCCCAAACUCGUCCUUCACCUACCAAUUCGACGUGAAGGGGCAGUCGGGGACAUAUUGGUACCAUGCACACCAUAGCGCGCAGGCGUCAGAUGGACUCUUAGGUCCCAUGGUCGUACAUUCGCCACAGGAGCGGACGCUUCAGAAGCUGGAGUAUGCGACUGACAGAGUGGUGAUGGUGCAAGACCACUACCACAACUUGACCUCGGACCUCCUCAUGGAAUAUCUAGGGCCUGACCAGGAAAAUGACGAGCCCGUCCCUGACAAUGCCCUCAUAAAUGGCCGCGGCGUCCGCGAUUGUGCAGACUUCGAAGGCUGGCCGUGCGACAGCACCAACCGCUCCACGCCAACAUUCGAUCUCGCAGCUGGAAAGCGCCACAGAUUGCGCAUCAUCAACGUGGGCGCAUUUGCAGAGUUCCAGAUCCAGUUCGAUGAGCAUCCCUUCUAUGUAACGGAAGUCGACGGCACGGAUGUUCACCCCGAGCCAUUUCAUCGGCUGAAUAUCCUCCCCGCGCAGCGAUACAGCGUUGUGAUAGAGACGAAUGUGACGACGGCGUCGGAGUUUUGGAUGAGAUCCCGAAUGGUCACGCAUUGCUUCACGAGACCUAAUAAAUACCUCCAGCCGGAGAUACGGGCAGUAAUCAGGUACACGUCUCCGGAGUCGAAGCCCUCGUUGGAUGCGCCGACAAGCAAGGAGUGGCCCGAGGCAAUCGAGGUCCUCUGUCGCGAUCUCAACACCAGCCUCCUCCAUCCAGUGGAGGCUAUAUCGCCACCUCCCGCAGAUGAUUUUGUUUUCCUCCGCGCCAACUUCGAAAUUGGAGCGUGGCGUCUGGCAAGAGGGUUCUUCAACGACUCAUCCUGGCAUGCCAACGCAACACACCCGUCUCUGCACCGCUUCCUAGACGCCAGCGCUGGGGAUGCUUCAAUAGGGAGUCCCAUCGGCCUCAACGAAUUGGCAUUCAAUCGCCAGACAGAGAUGGUCCUCCAAACAACCGGAAUCCGCACGGUCGACAUCUCAAUCAACAACUUCGACGACGGAGCGCACCCUUUCCAUCUCCAUGGACACAACUUCUUCGUCCUCGUGCAGGGAAGCAGCGGCUACCCUCCUACGCAGGCCGAAUUACCCAAUUAUCUCGAGAAACACGGAUUGCUAGAGAACCCCCUCCGGCGGGAUACCAUUACGAUUGAAGGAUAUGGGUGGGCGGUUAUCCGGGUCACUUUUGACAACCCAGGCCUCUGGGCCUUCCACUGCCACAACACAUGGCACGCUGAGUCCGGCAUGUUGAUGCAGGUGCUUGUCCGCUCGGACGUGGUGAGCGGCUGGGAGGUUGACCCGGAACAGAGAGAGAUGUGUAAGCGGAAGGGUGUUGAAAAGGGCAUGCGACCAGAUGAUAGCAUAUGGUUUGGACAAUUUUAG